AUCGAGACGGACCUUGCGAGGCCCCUUCAGUUGAUAAAUCGAUGGAAGGGCAACUGCACUUGGUAUUCAGCUGGUGGCUCGUCAAUCUUACGAGCAUUUAAAGGUACUACUUGUCGUCCACAGCGACUAUACAAAUCAUUCUACUCAUUCGUGCCAAGCCCUUCAACCUCUUCGUACAUCUCUUCGUCAACAUGAAUUACACCAAUGAUAUCUGGACCCAGAAUUUUGUGCCAGACUAUGAUCAGUACGGACAAACGGUGGUGGACAACGACUUCCUCGACCAAGCCCACACUGCGGCUGUAAACAACGACCUAACCCAGCAUGCCCAAGCCCACGUGAAAACUAGGCCACCAAGACCUGAUGUGGUCACGUCGUUGAAUGAGUCAGCUCAGUGGCAUGGAACGUCAGUAUGUGAGACGUUCAACGAUUCCGCCUUCGUAAUCGAUCCUAUCGCGCAAACCAGCCCAACAGUACGAAGCGCAAGCACACUUGAUCAACCCGUGGCGUCGGAGCACAUAAACUUUUCAUAUGCUGGACCGAUACCAGGAAUGGGCCUUGCUGACCAUCGCAGCGAGGAUGCCAUCUGCAUGGUAUCUCGCCUGAACGACACGGACACCAAGGCAUUCGCAUGUCAAUUCCCAGAGUGUGGUGGUCGCUAUACUCGAUGGCCAGAUUUUCUGAGGCACUACGACGGAGCGCACGCCGUUGAGAAGAAAGAAAUCUGGUGUCCCUCAACUCAGUGUGAUCGCGGCAGACCAUUUCCUAGGAAAGAUAAGAUGAUGGACCAUGCCCGCAAAGUGCAUGGGCUGUACAUCGAAAACGGGCAGUCUUAG